UUUUUUUUUUUAAUGGGAAGUGAUUCGUCAAAAAUAAUGAAACCAGAAGAAAUUGAAAGCCAAAAUCCAGUAGUAGUUUACGGUUCAGAUAAUUGCCCAUAUUGUUUUAAAGUUAAAAAGAUUUUUGAAGAACUAAAAGUUCAGAUUGAUUAUAGGAAUGUUGAUGAGAAUAAAAAAUAUGAUGAAGAAAAAUAAAAAUUGAUGAACUUUUUAAAAUAUGAUACUAUUCCUUUAGUAUUUAUAAAGAAGUAAUUUAUUGGUGGUUGUUCAAAUGUUAAAGAAUUAGAGGCAAAAGGUGAACUCUUAAGUAAAUUAGCAUGAUUGAUGUUAAAUACAUAUAAUAAUA